CCAUUCUACUCUCAAAAACAAAAAGAAAAGAAAAUCCCAUUGGUCAGUCAGAGAAGCUUAAACCACAGGCUGUGACUCAUAACACUGGUGUCUCCUUCUGCCAAAAGGAUCCAACCUUUGAAUUUCUUGACAAAUUUCUCAGAUCAUUACAUACUUCAAAGGUCAAAACCUGAAUUAAUUCCAAUUUAUCAAAACCCCUCAAAUUUUCUCAGGAGUUAACUAGUUUUGAUUUUUUGAACCAUUUUUGGAUUGUUAUUGCUGCUAACAAAAUCAAGAAUGUUUACCCGAAUGUUUGGAAAACCUAAACAAGAAACUAAUGCUCUAGCUACGCUAGACAAGUUAAAUGAGACUCUUGAGAUGCUUGAGAAAAAGGAGAAGGUUUUACUGAAGAAGGCUUCUGGCGAGGUUGAAAAAGCAAAGGAAUUUACUAGAGCAAAAAACAAAAGGGCGGCAAUACAAUGUUUGAAAAGGAAAAGGCUUUAUGAGCAGCAAGUCGAGCAGCUUGGAAACUUUCAAUUGCGUAUUCAUGAUCAGAUGAUAAUGUUAGAAGGUGCAAAAGCCACAACGGAGACUGUUGAUGCUCUAAGAACCGGAGCAGCUGCAAUGAAAGCUAUGCAAAAGGCUACGAAUAUUGACGAUGUCGACAAAACAAUGGAUGAGAUCAAUGAGCAGACUGAGAAUAUGAAAAUAAUUCAGGAAGCAUUGUCAACACCAAUUGGUUCAGCUGCUGAUUUUGAUGAAGAUGAAUUGGAGGCAGAACUUGAAGAACUGGAAGGAGCUGAAUUGGAGGAACAGCUCCUUCAGCCUGCUACAACUGCUCCUGUUGCACCGAUUAGUGUACCUGCUGGAAGGCAACAAGUGCGUCCUGCUGCUCAGAAGGCAGAAGAAGAUGAGCUUGCCGCUUUGCAGGCUGAAAUGGCUCUUUGAACAGAAGGAUCUGUUAAUGAGUACAAAAAAGACGCUGGGGACAGAUAGAUGUGCUGCGUUUCAACAAAGUUGUGUAGAUUUUAAAUGAAAGUAACGUCCGUGAUUGUUGGACCGUGUUUUUCAUUUUCACGGGAUUUCAUGUUCAUAGCUGCAAACAUCUUAAUAGUAGAACUACUUUUGUACUACUAACAAGGAAACCUUUCGGUUCACCGCAAUGGUGCAGCUGGAGUGUUUGCAGUCUUUAUGAUGGAUUCAUGUG